CUCUUUGUGAUGAAUAUUUGGCUGUUUGAGCUGUAUACAACAAAAAGAGAGGUGUUGCCAUCUUUGAUGCUAGUCCUACAGCACGCAGUAACCAAAGACAACUACUCUGGUUGCCUCGAUGAGCUCCACCCCAUCUCUGCUCUUCUACCUGAUCACCCUCCUCUUCGUUUCCUCUACUGCCGUUGCCAUACAAGUCUGCAGCACAAGUGCCGGCAAAUUUACCGCCAACGGCACGUACGAGUCCAAUCUCAACCUCCUCCUCUCCUCCCUCAUCUCAAAUGGUUCCGCUUCUGGCUUCUUCACCGACACCGUCGGACGGAUGCCCAACCAAGUUCAAGGCCUCGUCCUUUGUCGUGGUGACACAAAGGCCACCACAUGCAGUUCCUGCCUCAGCACCGCCGGUGUGGAGAUUCUCCAGCUCUGUGCCAACGACAAGGAUGCUGUGGUUUGGUAUGACGACUGCCACCUCCGCUAUUCCAACCUGCAGUUCCUCGGCACCUUAGACAACGAUCCGGAGAUGCCCGUGGCAAGCGAGUACCAAGUGUACGACGAAACGGAUCGGUUCAACAAGGUGGUGAACGAGUUGAUGAACAGUACGGCGGAUUGGGCGGCGUACAACUCGACGAAGAGGUAUGCGACUGGGCUGGCGAUCAACGCGACACACGCGUUUCCAAAUAUAUAUGGCCUGGCGCAAUGCACUCCGGACAUGUCGGCGAGUGACUGCAGGCAAUGCUUGGAGGGAGUGUCACAGGGUCUCCCGAUGGGGAGAUUGAUAGCUGAAAAUCUGGGAGUGAGGUGCAAUUUAAGGUACAAAGUUGGCCCCUUCUUCGAAGGCAACCCCAUCAUAAGGCUUGUUUUCGCCGUGACGAAUGGAACAACGCCUGCGGAGAAUGCCACAACUCCGGCCUCUGCUCCAGCAUCGCAGCCAUCUGUCGGUUCAACCAGCAAAGAAGGAAAAAAGAAAACAAUUCUAGCAAUUUCGAUAUCUGCGGUGAGCGCAGUACUGCUAAUCCCCAUUAUUUACAUUUGCUACAGGAGACUGAGGAAGCAGACAUCGAAAUCACCUUAUGGGACUGAAUCGGAGCAGGCCACACAAGUUGAGUCAUUACUAUUUCAUAUUUCUUCACUACGAGCUGCAACAGCCAACUUCUCGGAAGAAAAUAAACUUGGAGAAGGUGGUUUCGGAGCAGUUUACAAGGGAGUGCUCCCAGACGGACGAGAAAUCGCAGUGAAGAGGCUGCUGAACUCUGGGCACGGACUUGGAGAGCUUAAAAAUGAGUUGGUUUUGGUCGCUAAGCUCCGGCAUCGAAAUCUUGUAAAGCUUCUGGGAGUUUGCUUGGAGGAAGAGAAGAUGAUUGUCUAUGAAUACGUGCCUAACACAAGCCUCGACAAGUUUCUUUUUGAUCCUGUCAGAGGCAAACAACUAAACUGGGGAACCCGACACAAGAUCAUUCAUGGGAUCGCUCGAGGACUGCUCUAUCUGCACGAGGAAUCUCAACUAAAAAUCGUACAUCGGGACAUAAAAGCCAGCAACAUCUUGUUAGAUGCAGAGAUGAACCCCAAGAUCACAGAUUUUGGUUUUGCAAAGCUUUUUGACGUUGACCAGACUCAAGCCACCACCAAUCGAGUUGUGGGCACUUUCGGAUAUAUGGCACCAGAGUAUGUGAUGCAUGGCAAGUAUUCGAUCAAAUCAGAUGUAUUCGGCUUCGGUGUUUUGGUUUUGGAGAUUUUGACUGGAAGAAAAAGCAGCGGUUCCUAUAAUCCUGAGGUUACCGAAGUCCUUCUAAGCUAUACAUGGGAGAAAUGGCGGGGAGGAUCGGCGUUAGAGAUCGUAGAUCCAACCUUGGGUGCUCACUACCAACGAAGCGACCUAUUAAGAUGCAUGCAUAUUGGGCUUUUAUGUGUUCAAGAAAAGCCGAAUGAUAGGCCAACUAUGUCAACAGUGGUUGUGAUGCUAAAUAGUGAGACUGUCUCUCUCCGAGCUCCUUCACGGCCUGGAUUUUAUCUGGGAAAUGGUGGCAGGAAUGCAAACUUCAAUCCGAGUAACUCCAAUCAUCCAAUCGGUACAUCUGACCGAGGAAGUAAGUCAUGCCCAAUGUCAUCAAACGAAGUUUCAAUCACAGAAAUGGAACCUCGAUAGAAAUGGAAGGACAAUGUUAAUAUUUCUUCAACCACAUAGCCACGUACGCAUGUGAAUGUAAGGAUUCUUAUUCCUA